CGGGCGCCUGGGAUCCGGCUGCUCCGGAGUCUCUGGCUCUCCCUUUCCUUUUCCGGGUGCAAGGCGACGGCAAAGUCUCUAUGCAACUCAGCCCCGGCGCGCACUUUGCCAGGUAUGUACCGCGGGCGAGGCGCGUUCUGCGCGGAGGCAGAUGAUGCUGCCGCCACGGCGGCGGCGGCUGCCAGCUCCCGGGCUCUCUAACUGUCACGCUGCACCUGAGCUGAACUUGAACAGAGAGUGAAGGGGCCAUCGCGGGCCAACGUUCUCGGCUGGCACAGAGGGUGUCUGUCGACGUGGGGGAGAAGGAGCUCUAGACCGGCGCCCCCCGCCGCGAGCCCUGCUCUUCACCUCCAUCUCUGCCAGUGCCGCGGGACUAGAGGCGGCCGGCGGACUCCCAGGGACGCGGGACAGUGGCUGUGACCGCAUCUCCGGAGCUACAACAACAGGUCGUCUUUUUGAGACGCCUUUGGCGGGAAGGACUACUUGAGCAGAAAGGGAAGGUGAAAAGGUUCAUUCUUUUUAAGAGACUACCCCUGGGCGACUCCUCCUGCUUCCUCUCUCCUACUCUCUAUAUUGACCUCAUAUCAACCAGACUGUGUCAGGGGAGAAGUGAAGACACCUGUUUGCAGAAACGGCUGUCUCCCGAAGUCACCUGUGUGCUUACAUGUGCCAGGAGGUCCAACUGUUGGCAGAGAUUUGUUUAGGUUUUAUGGAGAGAGAUUUUUAGGUCACUGUAUUUUUUUUUUUUCUUCUUAGUAUUCCAAAUACUUGUCUGGGAGGGAAACUUGGCCUUGUGAGAACUGUGACUUCACCUGCGCCACCUUGGAAUAACUGUGUUCCUGUGAACAGUGUUCCCCCGUGUUUUGUUUGACUUGAAGAAGUGGGGCAUUGCGUUACUUCCCUUGUGUUACUUUGGGUGACUGUGAUCACUCUCGAGACCUACACUUCCAGACAACAUGGCGGCUGGUGUUGCAGCAUGGUUGCCCUUUGCCAGGGCGGCAGCCAUUGGGUGGAUGCCUGUCGCCUCGGGGCCUAUGCCAGCUCCCCCAAGGCAGGAGAGAAAAAGGACUCAGGAUGCUCUAAUUGUGCUGAACGUGAGCGGCACCCGCUUCCAGACAUGGCAGGACACCCUGGAACGGUACCCAGAUACUCUCCUGGGCAGUUCUGAGAGAGACUUUUUCUACCACCCAGAGACCCAACAGUAUUUCUUUGACCGUGACCCAGACAUCUUCCGCCACAUCCUCAAUUUCUACCGCACUGGGAAGCUUCACUACCCCCGCCAUGAGUGCAUCUCUGCUUACGAUGAAGAACUGGCCUUCUUUGGCCUCAUCCCAGAGAUUAUUGGCGAUUGCUGUUACGAGGAGUACAAGGACCGCAGGCGGGAGAAUGCAGAGCGCCUACAGGACGAUGCGGACACUGACAACACAGGAGAGAGUGCGCUGCCCACCAUGACUGCUAGGCAGAGGGUCUGGCGGGCCUUUGAGAAUCCGCACACCAGCACCAUGGCCCUGGUGUUCUACUACGUGACUGGGUUCUUCAUUGCCGUGUCAGUCAUCGCCAAUGUGGUGGAAACAGUUCCAUGUGGGUCUAGCCCAGGCCACAUCAAAGAACUGCCUUGUGGGGAACGGUACGCCGUGGCCUUCUUCUGCUUAGAUACCGCCUGUGUCAUGAUCUUCACCGUGGAGUACCUGCUCCGUCUGGCGGCGGCACCCAGUCGUUACCGUUUUGUGCGCAGCGUCAUGAGUAUCAUCGAUGUGGUGGCCAUCCUGCCCUAUUACAUUGGGCUGGUCAUGACAGAUAAUGAGGAUGUCAGUGGAGCCUUUGUCACACUCCGAGUCUUUCGAGUCUUCAGGAUCUUUAAGUUUUCCCGCCACUCUCAAGGCCUGCGUAUACUGGGGUACACACUGAAGAGCUGUGCCUCCGAAUUGGGCUUCUUGCUCUUCUCACUCACUAUGGCUAUCAUCAUUUUUGCUACGGUUAUGUUUUACGCAGAGAAGGGGUCAUCAGCCAGCAAGUUCACCAGCAUCCCUGCAGCCUUCUGGUACACCAUCGUCACCAUGACAACACUGGGGUAUGGCGACAUGGUGCCGAAAACCAUAGCAGGGAAGAUAUUUGGUUCCAUCUGCUCUCUGAGUGGAGUGCUAGUCAUUGCGUUACCUGUGCCUGUGAUCGUGUCCAACUUCAGUCGGAUCUACCACCAAAACCAACGAGCAGACAAACGAAGGGCGCAGAAGAAAGCAAGACUGGCCAGGAUCCGAGCAGCCAAAAGCGGAAGUGCAAAUGCUUACAUGCAGAGCAAGCGGAACGGGCUACUCAGCAACCAGCUGCAGUCUUCAGAGGACGAACCAGCCUUCGUUAGCAAAUCCGGAUCCAGUUUCGAGACCCAGCACCACCACCUGCUUCACUGCCUGGAGAAAACCACGAACCAUGAGUUUGUGGAUGAGCAAGUCUUUGAAGAAAGCUGUAUGGAAGUUGCCACAGUUAACCGUCCUUCAAGCCACAGCCCCUCCAUGUCUUCACAACAAGGAAUCACCAGCACUUGCUGCUCCCGGCGACACAAAAAAACUUUCCGCAUUCCUAAUGCCAACGUGUCUGGAAGCCAUAGAGGCAGUGUGCAGGAGCUCAGCACAAUUCAGAUCCGAUGUGUGGAGAGAACCCCGCUAUCCAACAGAUUAAGACAGUAAACCAAGAAGUUUGGAAGUGGAAAAAAAUAAAGCUUUCGAAGUUGAGGAUAUGAAUCAGAAGAACAGAGGGCAUUUCGAGACAGAGUUCGACCUGCUCACAGAGGAAGACUCUGUGGUCCUUUGACUUUGGGAAUGAGCACAAUGGAACACCAUCUGUUGAUGCUUCUUAUGAUCAGAACUCUUUUUUAAUAAAACGAACAAAAUGAAUCUUUGAACAUAAUGUUCCAGUUGAAUGCAAAACAAAAAAAAUAUGGAAAACAUUUUGAUAAAAAUUUUUCCUGUUAAAACCAUGAACAUUGGCUCUGGCAAAGAUUAUCGUAGAUGAAAAAACUCAUACGAUCCAUUUGUAUGGACUGAAGGAAACCAUCCUAAUGCAUGCUAGAAUUCUUUGGAGCAGUGAUCUCAGUUUCCUUAUGUUGUCUUCAGAAUAGGCAUGAUAAACUAUACCUGUAGAAAGGGGAACUUUCUGUGCACUUACAAUGAGCUGAUUGUCCAUGUUCCAUGAUGGGCUGUGCACAUAAACUCCUUUUAGCACUGCAGUGUUUCUCAUGGGGAUGCACACUAGUAAAUCUAAAGUGUUUGGAUAGUUCAGUAUUAAUUAUUGUUUAACCUUGCACCUAGUCAUUGUUAAACUGCAAUAACUCAUUCUAUAUCUGUUGUAUCAGGAAUCAGGAUUUUUUUUUGGACUCUCAAUAUAUUAAUAGAUACAGUAAGAGCCACGUUCAUAGAAAAGCUUCUGGUGUGGCCAGGCUUUAGGUGACUUUUUAAUCCAAAACUAUUGUGUCCUAAAUGUUUUUUUUUUGGUAGUAUUCUUUGGUCAUCUGUAUUCCAGUGACCCUGUGCAUUUAUCUGUUCCUGGAUCUUUCUAGUGUCUUUCUACUGGGUUUACCCAUUAAUGACAGGAUUAGUAUUUACUGUCGUAAAAUAAAAAAAAGUUUCCUAUGUUUAUAUUUCCCAACUGGUUAUUAUAAGUAGACUGCCAUUAAUCCCCUUGACAGAAACUGGAGUAAGGGAGUUGACAUGAAAUACUAUUUUUGGAAAACGCAGACCCUGGAAACAUCUAUAUGUAUUUCAUGGGAGGACUUAAAUGGGACUAAAAAUCACAAGACCGACGAUCUCAGCAUCGGCCUCAGUGUAGUAUUUAUUUUGCUUCAGAUCUUGAAUACAUUUUAGAACAACUGAGAUACAGAGGCAAACUGAAGUGCUUUAGGUAGCAAUAUCUAAUGAGAGCAGGCUCUUGAAGCCAUCCAAGAAAGCAACAACUUAUCUCAAACGAUGCCGUGUAUCACAAGGCACAAAGUUCUCUGCAAAAUCAGGACAGAAGUGUGAAGAUGUGAAGCUGACCACUUUGUACAUUAGUGAAAAGUCUUGCUAUCUUUUCACCCUUAAAUAUCCGCAGACAUGUCUGCACGUGACAGUGUAAAAAAAAAAAAAAACAAGUUUAAUGUCAUGAAAAGUUUUGUUUGUUUCAAGCCACCACUGUAAGAACGAAAGCUUAGUUUCUAUUCAUGGAAAGAGUUAAUAAUUACUCCUCUACCAUAGAGGUUUGAUAUCAAUGCUUAUCACAAUUUACCAUAAAAAGGAAUUAAUCCAACUAUUUUCAGAUAAAGCCAGAAAUGGUUGAGUCCCGUUUAUAGAAUAGCUUCUAGAACAGUGCUAGGCACACAGUAGAUCUUCCUAAACAGCUGAGUGUCAGGGAGGGAAAUUCAACUCUCUCUCGGGAAGACCUGGCUUUAUUCCUGGUGUGUCUUUUAAAAAGUUACUAACCUUCCUGCGGCGUAAAUACUAACGAUUCUAUUAACACCUGCCUCUUGUCACUUUGUGCUUCUAGAGCAAAUAUAUAGUGAAACUUCUUUGAUGGCAAUUGUUGAAAAACCUUUUAAAGUAUAGACUAAGAAAAAUACAAUCAGGAACACUUACCAUUAUUUGAUUCCCAAUAAGAAGCUCUAUUUUCAUGUUCUUCAUAGUAAAAAAAAAAAAAAUGAAAUACACUUAGCAUAUGUUGGUUGAUAAUUAUUCUUCCUCUUUUGAAUUGUCAUUUAUCACAAAUUAUUGAUUUCUGCAGAUUUUCAUAGAAAAGAAAUUAAAAAAAAACUUUUUGAUGUUUUAGGUGAUUUGAAAAUAUACUGUGUUGGUGGUGAAUGACUAUUGAUGACUGUGAUAUGUGCAUCUGUAUUGUAAGUGAAAUGUAAUUAUUUCUGUGUAUCAUAUGGAGUAACUAAGGUCAUUGUUUUUUGACAAUUUUGUUUGAAAUUCAUAUAUCUUAUUUCAAAGGAUAGCAUAAUAUCUGCAUUAUGCUGGAAAAAAUAGACUUUUGGAGAAUACUUAAAUAAAACACGUGCAUGCUUGAACA